UAAUAAUAAAGUCGGUGAGGCCCAAUUAAGGCUCGAUUCGAGGUAGCUCCGUUGCAAAAUAGCAGAAUUGCCCUUCCCAUUUUACCGUAUUCUCAACGACUACCUUUCCCUGCAGAAACCAUGGCUUCUCCUAAACCCCUUCGGAUCUUCGCCCGUAUCCUGUUUCUGCUCUUUCUCGCCAUUUCGGGUCGGGCCUCAGCCACCGAAAGUUCUUUGGUUGUUGGUCAAUCAACUAGGCUGCAGCUAUCUAGCGGUCUGCCAAUGAAAAACUCUCCAGGUUUGAAGCCUGAUACUUCAGCGAUCGUUGAAAGAGUUCAUAUCCGUGGAUUGUCAAGGCUUAAAAAUUUGAGAAAAUUUGCCCACUUGGUGAAGGUGAAUAUAUCGCAAAAAGAUCCAAGCAUUCUUCUACAGAAUAUUGAGGUUUGUUUCCAUAGGAAUAUGUCUAUAGGGAUAGGGAUGUGCCCUCAAAGUCAGUGGGAGAAAGUUACUAAGGGUUCUUGGGUUCGUUCCAUGUCACCUUUUGACAACAGGCUCUUAGACAUACGGACUACUGGUUCAUCCUUAGAAAAAUUUGAGGUGUCCAUUGAAGAAGAACUCUUUUCAUAUCGCAUAACAUGUUUAAUCCUGGGCAUAGUUCUGAUGAGCCUGUCAUCCUCUCUGAGCAAUUCAUUGAUAUUUUAUUAUGGAAGCGCAAUCUCGAUCGGGGUCAUCCUUGUAAUAUUGAUAAUCCUUUUUCAGGGGAUGAAGCUUCUACCGACUGGUCGAAAGAGCUCACUUGCAAUUUUUAUAUACUCAUCUGCUGUUGGUUUGGGAUCUUUCCUCCUCCGAUACUUACCUGGAUUGUGCCAUUCAAUACUUAUGGAGAUAGGAAUCAGUGAAGACAUGUACUAUCCUUUGACAAUAUUUCUGCUGGCUUUUGUUGUUCUGACUGGAGCGUGGAUGGGCUUCUGGGUAGUCCGCAAGCUUGUCCUGACGGAAGAUGGAUCGAUUGAUAUAAGCACGUCUCACUUUGUUGCUUGGUCCAUCCGUAUUUUGGCUGCCAUUAUGAUUCUUCAGAGUUCUGUAGAUCCUCUUCUGGCAGCUGAAGCUUUAAUAGCUGGAAUAAUGGUCUCAUCAUUAUCAAGGAGAAUCUGUAGAUUGAGAUUCCUUCGUCGCUUGUACAAGUAUGAUUUUACAAUUCCGGAGCUUAACGAUUACCUUCCAUCAUCAGGAUUUCAAGAUCUACUUCCAUUUCAUCCAUUAAGAAAUAUGGUGAAAUCUCCUAGAACGAAGCGGAAAAGAACUCGAGUUCCUGAUUAUUCACCCUUUGGAGACUCAGAUAAUGAAGAUUUGUACAAUGUUCGGGGUGAUGAUAGCUCUAAUAAGUUGUUUAAGCCCCAAACCAAAAAUUUCACCCUGGCUCCAUGCAAUUCUGCCGAUCGAGGUUUUUCCAGAACAUUGCCUUUUCAGCUAUCAGAUUCAGAGUUGUUGUACCCUUCUACAUUCCAUACAACACCUGGAAGGAAAAAAUUCUCAAAGGCUGAGUGGGAAAUGUUCACUAGAGACUCUACGGAGAAUGCCUUGGAAGAACUUGUGUCAUCACCUGAUUUCAGCAACUGGCUUGUUGAUAAUGCAGAAAGAAUCACCGUAAACCCCAACAAAGGUAGGGCUGUGCAGCGUCGGAAAUGGCUCAUUUGGUUUUAAGCAGCUGUCAUGUUCUUUGUGUAGGCAACACACACAAGGCAUUCAGAGAUGCCACGAAGUUCAGAAAGAAAAGCCAAGCUUAGUCUUGUAAUUAAUCCAACUCUAGUUGUGGAAUUGAAUAAGAUCCAUGCUGGCACAAAAUAGGGAUCUGUCACAAUCUUGUAAUAUUACAUUGUGCCAAUAGUUAUGCAGAGUAUCACGUUGUUUCUGGAUACCUGUUUGGAGAGGAUCAAUUAACUAUCAGGAUCUGUACUUAUGUAGGCCGAUGUUUUGACAGUGUUUAACUUGUCCUUUUUCUUUGUGUCUUCGUCAAGCAGGGUAAGUUGAACAGGUGCGGAUUGGUUGGUAUAUUGUUUCAACACUAAUAACCUCAGCGGACCCACUACUCGGUGAAGUUUCUGUAAUACCCAGGAUGUAAUUGAGAAUAGAAAUGUGAUGAAUGAAAUCUUAUAUUAUUUGA